GCCGCGCCAGUCGGGGUUCAAAAAGGGCGCGUCGGCGGCGGCGUAAACAACGGCUGGUUGGCGGCGGGAAUCCUCCUCUUGAACGAUGCCGACAAAUGCAAGAUGGUGACUACAAAACAAGCCUUUGCUGAUUGUCAGCGUACAGCUGCUUCUCACCCGAAGCUGGUGAAACAUUUGACAAGAACUUACUUAAAGAGUGACUUUGAGUAUUUUCUGUCCGAAUUUACAUGCUUGUUGAAGAAAUCCCUUAUAUAUGGAGAUAAGCAGCCAGCUGUGGAAAGGACAUUAAACUUUGUGGCUAAAUUUGCAACAAGUAAAAAAUCAGAAACUGAAGAAAAUGGGAAGGAAGAGAAAGCAAAAGAAGACAAUGAUGAUGAGGAGGAGGAGGAGCAGGAGCCAGAAGAGGCAGAUCCUUUCCUUGUGAAAUUGAUCCAAUUUCUACUAAAUAAUCAUGAGGCCAAUAGCCAAGCUGUGCGCUUCAGAGUUUGUCAGUUGAUCAACAAGAUCCUCAACCACAUGGGUGAGGAGGCAGUCAUAGAUGAUGAGCUCUACAGCAAUAUCUAUGACACAAUGUUGCACAGGCUGCAAGACAAAGUACCAAGUGUGCGAGUCCAGGCAGUGUUGGCUUUGGCCCGUCUCCAGGAUCCACGUAACAAGGAAUGCCCCGUAAUCAAAGCAUAUCGUUAUCAUCUGUCAAUGGAUCCAAACAGUGAUGUUCGACGAGCUGUUUUGACAAGUAUAGCCAUCACUUUCCAGACUCUUCCUGAUAUUCUAGAGCGCACUCGUGAUGUACGAGAUCUUGUUCGUCGACAGGCUUUUGAAGUGAUAUCCCGAAAGGUCCACUUGAAGUCCCUGACAAUUGCUCAGCGAGUGCGCCUCAUUGCUGAAGGGCUAACUGAUCGUAGUGAUGUAGUUCGAGGAGCAGUGGAGAAAAAUCUGAUCCAGUCAUGGUUGCGCAUGGUCAAUGGAAAUGUACUUGAUUUGCUUUCUUGUCUUGAUGUUGAGACUGCUGUCAAAGAAGCUGAGCUGGCUCUUCAGUCCAUGUUUCGCGAUGUCCCAUAUGCUGAUCUGAUUGAAAACUUAGGUCUUAAUAAGGAUACUAGAACCUUGGAAUCGGGGGAAUUAAGGCCUGAAUCAGCACUAUACUGGCGAUGUCUUGCAGAGUAUUUAAGAAAGGAAGGUGCUGAAGAAGCUUUGGAACUAUUGCUUCCAGAAUUGACACACUUCUGCUCUUAUGUAAACAACAUUGUAAUGGUAGAAGUAAUGGAUGAUUGUGACACACAAGAAACGCUUGUCAGAUGCAUGGAGAGGGAGUUCAUCACAACACAGCUUGUGUCCAUUAUCAUGCUCUAUGAUUUGAGUGAUGAGGUUGGACGACGCUCAUUAGACCAGCUUGUGAGGAGGUUGUUGGUAUCAGACAAAGUGGGUGAAACACUUGUAAAGGGACUUGUUGAAGUGUUUGGAAAGUUACACCCAGCAACCACACGUGUUAAUCAGCUAGCAGAAAUUAUUUCUGAAAUAAGAGAACCUGUAACCCGAACAGAGCAACAAGAACGCCCAUUGUCAGACGAAGAACAACGCAAGAGAAAACUGGAGGCUGCUCGUGUGAAGGUAAAAAUCAACCAGCUGCGAGAAGAAGUAGAAGAGUGUGUGCGCAGUCUUGAUCUUGAGAGAGCUCAAGCACUCAAGAAGGAGCUAGAAGAGUUGGAGAAAGAAUCAUCAGUGAUUGAUCUAAAUUUCUCAACAUCAGAAGAGGUGGUACAAGAGGAACGAACAGAUCCUGCCACUCUCACCAAAUGCCUGAUGAUAGUGUCUCACAUGAUAGAGAAUCCAGACAUUAUCGUCAUGAAUCCCACCUUGUAUUCCUUGCAUGAGAACUUGGUCUUGCCUUGUCUACGUUCAGAGGAUCCUGCUGUUAGAAACCAAGCAGUUCGUUCACUUGGUCUUUUGUGCCUCAUUUCAGAAGAAUUGAGCUGCCAACACUUGAUUCUAUUUAUGCAGAUAGCAAGAAUUGAUAUAGAGCAGAUCCAACAUUCUGCCCUGCGAUGUGCAAUAGAUCUUAUCCACCUGUAUGGACUUGAGAAGUUCACUGAAGCAGCAGAAGAUAUUUGUGAUAUCACAGGCAUCCCUUCAUCCCCCAAGGAAAAGGAAAAGGAAAAGGAAAAAGAAAAAGAUUCCAAAUAUGGGAUAGUGAAUGAAGAGGAGGGAGGAGCCAUUAUAUCAGCUUUGUGUCAGAUGAUGGACAGUGAUAAUGCGGAAGUUAGAACGACAGCAGCUGAAGGACUUUGCAAGCUGUUACUGGCAUGCAGGAUCACUUCAGCAAAGUUACUCUCUCACUUGGUCCUCAUGUGGUAUAACCCAGUUACAGAGGAUGAUAGCUUAUUACGACACAUGUUGGGAGUUUUCUUCCCUCUCUAUGCUUCAUAUGGGGGCACUAACCAGGAGAGCCUCUGUGCAGCUGUGCUCCCCACCCUCCAGACUCUUUUCAACGCCCCAACUCGCUCCCCGCUUGCUGAUGUUGAUGUGGAAGAUGUUGCCAAUUUCUUGGUUUCAAUCACUAGCCCUUCCAUUAUUGCUGAUAGGUCAAACGAGCAAGUGAACAAUCAUGACAUACUGGUGUUUACACUGUGCAGCGAGAUUUUAGCCUACCCAGAGAGCAGCUGGAAUAAACUGCUCAUUCGAUGCCUUAAUAAUCUCAGUCUUUCACCCACCAACUAUUCUACCCUAAGACAAGUGGAUGUUUUGGCAUUGAAAUUACUUAAGCGUGUUAAAGAGCGUGUUUGUAUCAAUGGCCUGGAGCGCUUCCAGCAGACAGUGCAGAAUCUACUGAAGGAUGCCCCAGAAACAGAGGUUACAAUUAAAGAGGAAAAGCCUGAUAAUACAACAAUGACGGAAGACUUAAGUGAAACAAUAGAAAUGAAUACCACUGGAAAUAAAAGCAUAGAAAAUACAUUUAUGAAGAGAAAAAGAAUGCUGUACAACACCACAACAUUCUCUGACCCAGAGAUGUUUUCGAGUGAACCUGAGUCAGAUUGUGAGGCAAGUCCCUCAAAGCGUAUCCCUCAAGUACCAAAUCUGGUUCUGCCAGAGGAACUGAGUGAUGUAGGAUCGCCCAAACUUGCAAGCACCCAAAAGGAUGAAGAUGACUCAAAGGAAGAGGAUAAUUCAAGAGUGGCCAACUUGGUAUCAGCUGAAGAUGGGGAAGUUGAACUAACUUUUACAAGUGAGAAGAAGGAGAAAGAUGGCUCCAGUUCCGACUUGUUUGAUUCAUCUGAUGGCACUCCAAAACAACCUACUCGUCGAUGCAGAGCUCCAGGAAGUCCAGAUUUGGGAAAAGCUGCCAAGAUUGCAAGAUCAUCUGUAUCCUCUAGGGGAACUGAUGAUGAGGAUACACCACCAAGAUCAAGCAGAAGGCAUAGCAGAAAGAAGGAAGUGUCACCUGCCACAGAUACUUCUCCAGCAUUGAGAGGGCGAAGGCGAAACAAGAAAGAAACCACUACCACGGGAGAGUCAAGUGAAGAAGAAACCACUUUACCUGCCAAAGUUCCACGUACCACCAGGACCCCAAGUAAUAAAGAUAGCAAGGAAGAAAGCAUCUCCAGUGGAAGAGUUACACGUAACAGAACUUCAGCAACUCCUUCCCAAGACACUUCAAGCAAAUCAGCCUCAACCAGCAGAGGCAGACCAUCAAGAUCCUCAGCAACUGUAGUACCUGAGACAGACUCAUCAGCAUCCAGUGGAAGAGCUGCAAAACAUAAGGAGGUAGAGGACUCUCACCUGAAAGUCACUCCAGGCAACAGAAAGACCAAACCUGGGGCCACCGUCAGUGAAACUCGCUCUGGUCGAAGAGGCAGGGGUUCAGCACAAAAGGAUUCACAAGUCAUUGCAAGUGAAUCAUUGCAAUCAUCCACAACGUCUCGCUCAACGAAAAGAGCUUCACAAAUUUCCACCACUAGUGAAGAUACCACACCAGCACGCAGGUCAGGCAGAUCUGCUAUAAUCUCCCAGAGUACUGACUCAGAGUCUGAGAGGACCCCAACCCCAAGGAGAUCAGCACGUUCUUCAGCAACCAAGGAAGUGAAUAAGAAGAGGAAAUAGGAAUUUAUAGUGUGUAAUAUAUAUACAAAAAAAAAUUAUCUUUCAAGAGAGACUAAACUUUACCUUUUUGGUUGUUAGGAUAAAAGAAUAUGUGUACUAUGUGUCUAAAUUUUAAAAAUUUAUACCUGGUGUUUGAUAUUCUUUAAGGAAGUAAUUAUAAUUUUAAUAUAUUUUAGUAAACUGUUGUGUAUUCAAGAGAAUGGUUACAUUACAAAAAAGGAAAAUUAUGCAUUCCUCAUUUUAAUGGAACCGUGAUUUGCAAACUGAAAGUCCAGAAGUAGCCAGGCAUUGAUUCUGCAUUAAAUUUUUGUAUGGAGUAGCUUUUAUUUUAUUUUUUUUUUACUAUCCAUAAUUGAUUUUAAAAAUCAGAAAAUGGUUUGCCGGUUUUCUCUUUAUUACAUCAUCCAGUACAUUAUUCUAUAUAAGGAACUUCUAAAAUAUAUAGAAGUAUAAAAGUUAUAUGUAGGUCCUUGAAAAAUUAUUUGCUUUCAUAAUAACCAGCAUAUCUACAGUUGAAUUUAUUAUAUUUUGGUGAAUUACUGAAACAGAAAUAUAUUUCUUUUACAUUAUACCAAUAAACAAGAUUUAUGAAAA